AUGUUGCAUAUCACAGCCAGUAUCUACACGAAAGUCAACUUAGCUUUCUCGGAGCUUUUGGUUCCUUUGAAUUCCACAUGCCAGGUCGGGGACACUCAGAAUACUGAAAAUGCUGGACAGGCAUCUGCAGCUGGAAUCUCCAGCCGGCAGCACCAAGAAGUCCAGAAUGCGCUGCUGCACACCCUGGUCCAGUGUGGAGACGCCGCUGGAGACAGGGCCACCGAACUCUUCAACCAGCUGAAGUCGGAAAAGAAAGCAGAUGUGGUGACCUUCAACAUCAUGCUGCGUUCGUUGCUGUGUGUGGGCAAGCGCGAAGAGGCGCAGGCCCUGCUCAAGGAAAUGAACCAGCAUGGGCUGUCUGCUAACAAGGUCACCAUAGCUGAGCUGCUCACGGACAGAGUCCGUGCUGACGACGGCGACGGAGUGUGGCGACUUGUGGACUGGAUGAAGAAUACCGAUUUCGGAGUCACGAACGCGGCGUGCUCCAUCCUGCUUAGAAGGAUCUCUAGCGAGACUGAGCCGCAUGAGGUGGACCGCUCGUUUGACCUCAUUGAUCAGCUGUCGGAACCAGUGGAUGAAGCACUGUGCUCCCAGGCGAUUGAGGCGGCUAUUCGAACCAGUCGGCCCGCGGUGGCAAACAAGUUCAUGGAGAUGUUGGGAACGCUGCGGAACAAGAAGAACGGGAACACCAGCGCGGCAACCUUUGGGUCCAUGAUCAAGCUCCAUGGACAGAACCGAGAUCUUCAGCAGGUUUGGUCCACUUGGAACUUGAUGCGUGAGAAGGGCGUGAGCCCUUCUUCCGUGACUCUCGGGUGCAUGGUGGAAGCCUUGGUGAACUGUGGGGCAGUGGAUGAUGCAGCUUCCCUGGUGCAUCAGACCGCAGCUGAUGGACUGGGCUUCAUCCUUAACACAGUCAUCUACUCCUCCAUCAUCAAGGGCUUUGCCCAAGCCAAGCAGCCAGAGAAGUGCUUCGAUGUGCUUGAUGAGAUGGAGGAGCAAGGCAUUCCGGGCAACACCAUCACCUACAACACCCUCUUGGAUGCAUGUGCCAAGUGCGGCACCAUGUCCCGGGUUCCUGCGGUCUUCGAAAACAUGAGGCAACGGCAAGUUGAACCAGAUCGGAUCACGUACUCAACGCUCAUCAAGGGCUACUGCGUAGCAGGCGAGCUGGACUGUGCCUUCAAGCUUUUUGACGAGCUAAAAGCAGACGGCAAGCUGGACCUGGAUGAGAUUGUGUACAAUUCGCUUCUGGACGGCUGCGGCCGAAAGCAGAAGCCGCAGAAGGCGAUGGAAUACCUGCAGGACAUGAUCAGUGCAGGAAUCCCGCCGUCCAACUACACGCUCAGCAUCAUGGUCAAACUCCUUGGCCGCUCCCGGCGUUUGAAUGAUGCUCUGAAAUUGGCUAGUGAUUACCAGAAGGACUUCGGCUUGAAGCUGAAUGUCCAGGUCUUCACCUGCCUGAUGCAAGCUUGCCUCUUGAAUAAGAAGGUUUCGAAGGCCAUGCAGAUCUACAACGACAUGAUCAGUGAGCUGGGCAGGUUGCCAGACCGCAAGGCACACACCGUGCUGGUGGAUGGCUGCCUCCAAGCCGCUGCUUUCGCAGAAGCUACACAGGUUGCGCGAAUCGCAUAUGGCCUGGAAGCGCCGGAAGUCGACGUGAGAAUCCGCUCUGACAGCCAUGUCGGCGUGGAGUCGAAAACCAUGUCCGACCUGGCUGGGAAGGUGCGCGGAGGAAAAAUGGAUCGCAAGACGGCCAACCUUGCACUGGAGGUGCUGGACGCGGCAGAUCCCAGCGGAAAGUUGCGAAGCAAAGCAAGCGCUGGGACUGCUGACUGGGCGCCUGAGUCAGAGGAGAGUAAGGCAGAGGGAUCCUGGAAGAAGCCUAGCAACCGCGACCAGACAUGGUCGGGAUACUACGCUGAUUCACAAGGUGAUUGGAAGCCGCGGAACGGAAACAAGCGCUCGGGGAGAGAUAGUGGCUGGAAUUCUGGCUGGGAGUCCUGGGACGGUCCUUCCACCAACGCUUCACAGGCGUGGAAAGGUGAUGCGGGCAAGUCUCGAAGCAAAGGCCGAUCUAAAGGCUGA